UUAAUCAAUUAAUCAAAUAGAUACGAAUAUACGAAGAUCUUUUUAUCGGAGACCGUUGAAUAGCUGAACGCACCGAAAUUUAUAAUUUUAUCGUCGAAACAGCACUCGAGAAUUACAAUAUUUUAGAAGCCUCGUUUUUUAUUUUUUGUUCACACCACAGUAGAUUGCUACCAUACACACUCGCACAUAUAAUACAUUAAUUAUUAUACUUCCUACAGUCAAGAGGGGUAAAAAAAAUAUGGCCACAGAAGAUUUUUUUGAGGGGGCUGAAAAGCUGUUGGAAAUAUGGUUUGGACGUCAAGAUGGAAAAGUUGAGAAUGGAGACUUGAGAAAAAUACCAAGAGAAAAGUAUGAAGACCUCUUAAAAGUUGCUUGUUGUGAAGUAAUAAGUUACACAAGCAAUGACAAGAUUGAUGCUUAUGUUCUAAGUGAAAGUAGCAUGUUUGUUACAAAACGAAGAUUUAUAUUGAAGACUUGCGGCACAACAACUCCAAUAGAAUGCAUUAAACCAUUGUUGCUCAAUGUUCAUGAAUUCACUGGAUUUGAUGAAGUAGAAGAUGUGUUUUAUUCUCGUAAAAACUUUGAACGUCCUGAACUUCAAAAUGAUACUCAUCGUAAUUUUAAACUAGAAACCGAGUCUUUAAAUAUUAUAUUUAAAGGAACUGGAGUGGCUAGGUGUAUGCGUUCAUCAAAAACAGAUGACUGUUGGUAUUUAUAUGCUUUGCAUCCAGUUGAAUGCUUUGGAAAAGAAAAACAAAAUCCUGAUCAAACAUUAGAGAUACUCAUGACAAAUUUGGAUCCUGAUGUCAUGCAAAUAUUCACAAAAGAACAGUCGGCUAAUGCAAGUCAAGCUACUCAGGAUUCUGGAAUUUCGGAAUUGUUGCCUAAUAUGAAAAUUGAUGAUUUCUUGUUUGAGCCUUGUGGUUAUUCUAUGAAUGGUAUUGCAAAAGAAGGACAUUAUAUGACUAUUCAUAUAACUCCACAACAAGAAUUUUCUUAUGUUAGUUUUGAGACCAAUGUCCCUCAAAGCUCUUACAAGGAACUUAUUUUAAAAGUGCUGAAAACAUUCCAACCAGAAAAUUGUGUGGUCACCAUGUUUACUAAUGAGGUAUCGCCAAGUAAUUCAAAUCAUAAGGAAUUAAAAUAUCUAACACAUCUGGGUGAAUGGCAACAAGACUCAAACAAGACAUGUUCCCUGAAAAACCAUGACCUAACUGUAUCGUUUUACUCCAAAUACCCAAGCUGAGAUCAACCGGUCUGGGACACGCCUCUCAUCAAAACCCAAAUGCUGCUAUUGCCACAUUACACAGCUGUCCUAGUCGUUCUAGUCUGCAUAAAAACUCUAUGUGUCACCAAACCUAUUUAUCACUUUGCAU